GUACAGCUUAAACACCAUGCAGGACUUCUUCUUGGACAUAUAAGAACGGGGUCACAAAAUGUCCGACUAAGUCCUCGGGGGACCUGCGACCCACCCAGCCGGGUGGGCCUUAGGUCCCCUGUCCCAAUAAUUAAGUUAUCUAUGACUCCGCCACAGCUCGCGUCCGCCCAUAUUGUUUUCUCGCCGUUCGUUUUUGUGGGUGUAAAUCUGUAUUUGUAUUAGAGUUUUGCACUAUUGCACUUGUGCCUCCUUUUGUCGCUAUUUAUCCAAGAAAAGAGCUUAUUUGGUGGGUGUAAAUCUGUGAUGCAGAAAAUGCAAAACUGUUUCACAGGAAACUGCAGAAACACUUUUGCAUUUUCCGCAUCACAGGUCCCUUUUGCGUAAAAACGGCUUUGCAUUUUCUGCAUCACAGAUUUAACCCACAACAAAGCUUUUUUCUUGGAUCAGUGCAGUGCACAAGUGUUUUUUCUUGGAUAAGUGCAGUCGCAGUGCGCAAAUACAAUAAUACAUAAGCUACUGCGUCACAGAUUGACACCCACGAGAAAGAACGGCGAGAAAACUGGAGCGGGCGGACGCGAGCUGUGGCGGAUUCGUAACUUAAUUCUACAUUGGGACAGGGGACCUAAGGCCCACCCAGCUGGGUGGUUCGCAGGUCCCCCGAGGACUUAGUCGGACAUUUUGUGACCCCGUUCUAACUUGAUGGCGAGUCGUGAAUUCCGUAGAAAGGUCAAAAUGUUCUGGUGAUCGAGGUUCCUUGUCCUGAAGUCUGCGAGGACUUGCGGACCAGGACAUCAACCCUACCAGGAUGGCGCCCGGCACUGUACCAUUCCCGCGGUCGCCGUUUUCGACGAUGCGGUUCGGUCUUUUUAUACCGCUUGUCUUCCGCAUCACAAAUGCUGCUAGCGAUACCGGGUUCUCCUACGACUACAGCAGACAUGGGGCCGACUGGGUCGCGGGCAUGUGCUCCUCUACCGAGCGGCAGAGCCCCGUCGCGCUCACGACCGCCGGGCUGGCCCCGACGGGCAAUCUCGUGUACAAUUACAUAUCGGACAUGGAGCACGGGUUCCCGAUGCUGAAUAACGGACAUACCAUCACCGCGGACUUCAUGGGCCUCGGCGUAGGGGGUCUGGCGUAUAACAACGGGUGGUACAAUAUGCACAGGAAAAUAUAAACCCAUCCACAUCCAAUUUGUCAUGCAAAACACGUAUCAAGUCACGUGUUUGUCAUGCAAUAAAUGGAUUUGGAUGGGUUUUUCUUUUUUUCUGUGGAUAUACAAUCUUCUGUCCGUAAACUUCCACAGCCCCAGCGAACACGUGUACGACGGGCAGCACUUCCCGCUGGAGGCGCAUUUGGUUCACAAACGGUCGGACAGCGACCACUUAGUCAUCGUUGCCGUUCCCUUCAGCGGGGAGUCAGGCAGCGCCGGGUCGUCAGGCAGUAGCGCGGGAGGAGGUGCGGCGGGAAGUGCAACGGCGUUUCUGGAAAAAAGACGAGAGGUUGUCGCUCACGCGAACAAGGACAACUUUUUGGAAGAAGAGUUGUCAACUUCAUCCACUGCGAGAAGAAAGCAGUCGGCGGGGUCCCUGCUCGCUUCGUUUGGGUUAGGCAUUCCGGCCAACGUCGGCCAGACCAUGUUCGCGGCGCCACCCGUGGAUUUUGCGCAGUUUUAUGGUGAAGGCGGGGAGUUUGUCGAGUACGGCGGCAGCUUGACCGCGCCUCCCUGUGCAGAGACCGCAACGUGGUUCGUUCGUAAAGAGCCGGUUGCAGGUAAAACUGUAGAAGUUUGUGCGGUCUGCAACUUCUAUGUGAAGAUGCGCCUACGUAAAAAUCGUGAUUUACAUUCAUUAUCAUAAUUCUACUCACCUGUCCGGCGUGAAGAACCACGAAUGACUCUGGUAAAAUUUACCACCACCUCAAGAAUAUCCCAGGCGCCGAAGCGGACGUACCAAAGUUCGCGACCGCGAUAUUACAGUGAAAAGUGCCCCCCACCCCCAAAGUGGCAAAAAUUUGUGAUGCGAAGUUUCCAAAUGAAACCUUUUUGUCAUGCAUGAAAGAAAUAUGAAUAUUUCUGAUGCAGAUUCUAGUGGUGUUUAGCAUCGCUUGCAUGACAAGCACCGCUCUCGCUGGGAUCUUUUGCAAUGCAAAUUUUUGCUAUUCACGAUCGGAAAUCUGUGAUGCUGAUACAUGCAAGAGGGCGAAUGUUUCAUUUGGAAAGGUUUGCAAUACAAAUGCUUUCAAGUUCGGGGGUGGGGGCGUUUUUCAUUGUAAUACGCGAUCAUGCAGAUGACGAACGGGCAGGGUAACAACCGACAGCCGAUGCCUCUGAACGGGCGACCGGUGGCGCUCCGCACCGCCGUGCAGGAAAACCCACCGGCCGCGCAGCCGCCCGCCAGCAUGUCCGCAAGUGGGUCGCAGUCGGAGGGGGAAAAGCAGUCGCAGCGCGAGUACCAGGCACUGAUGUGGGCGAAGGAGGCGAUGGAGGAGGCGAAGGCAGCGAAGGAAUACGUGAAAACCCUCGACGACAAACUGCGCGCAUCCACGCCGGUGGAUCCAACAACCGGGUCCAGUCCGGCUGCCGCGGCAGCGCCCGCUGCCGCCCCGACGGCGGCAGUAGUCACGGACGUGUCCCAGGUCGCGACGCCCAUUCAGGCCAGGUAAAAGGGGAAGACUCUCGGUCAUAUGGAGUAGACAUUGUUUUCUUUUCCAUCUUUAUUUCCGAUCAGGAAUCGCAAAUGAAAUACGAAUACCAGCAGCGACGAGGUGCUGCUGCUGUUGUGUGUGGUGGGGCGACACGAAAAACCUCAUAAGUAUGCUCCAUAAACCUAGCAGAGCAGGUGCUGUUUUUGUUCUAGUACAUGGCAAAAUAAUCCAACCAGAUUGAUGCACGAGUGGUCAAUAUCGGAAAGCCAAAGGCAGAAAGUGUAGAUUUGAAAACUGCGGUAUCGUGGUGCAUCGGUAAUUGGAGACUUCGGCAUGUGAAUUUCUUAAGCGAGCAAAG